AUGGCCUUCAUGGGGGCUGGAAUCGGGGCCUCCUUCACAGCUGCCAUGGCCAAUGAGGGCGGAGUUGCUGCAGGUAGCUGGGUAAGUACUCUGCAGUUAGUGGGAGCAGCUGGACUCGCUCUGCCAGCCAACGCCCUCCUGGCCUCCCCUGGCCUUGCUCUCAGCCAGCGAUGGUGCCCAGUCCUAGCUCCAUGCCCUCCCCCUGCAUCCUCCAAGAAGAAGACCAGUGGGGGCUCAGAGCAGCCAGCCUGGCUUGGUAAUCGGACUUCUCCAAAGGUGGCCCAGCACUCCCCAAAGUGA